AUGAUUGAGCCUUACUACGAUCCUCGCAGUGGGCAGGGUUACCUGGCCUACAGAUUGAAAACUGUUCAACGCACUACUUCAAGCGACUUCAAGAAGAGGUCCAAGCCUGGUCAACAAGGAGGCCCGAAGAGCCUGCGUGAGACUUCAUCAUCUGAGCAGCUGUUGGGGGAGGAGUGUAAUGAAGCAAUGUCCAUGAUGAAGCAUACAACGGACCAAGCAACGGUGAAGGGGAAAAUGAAGGCAACAUUCAAACAUCGACAAGAGUUGCUGCAUGAUCCAGCUCAAUCCUCACUCAUCUUAGAUCACUUCCCACGCUUCUUAGAUACCCCAGGCUUGAUUGACCAAGACUUCACACUGCUGUUUGGGGAAAAUGUAUCUGGCAAGUUCGUUUCCAAAUGGCCAACAUUCUACAAGCCCCGGAUCAUCACUGUCUGCAAAGGCCUUCGCCCUGGUCCUCAUCUGGAUGAUCUUCUUUCUGCUCAGGAGGCCUCCAAUGAUGGGUGGGAUGGUGACCUGGCAGCCAUACUCUUGCUCCUUCAUCUCUUGCCUCCAACCGCGAAAGGAAAAGCGCAUGGUAAAAUGAGUGCCGCAGACGCUGUUGCCCAUGUCAUCAAUUUCAUGAAGGUGGGGACAAGCAUGACGACCUACCUUCAGGAUGUUGCAGCUACCCAGCCCUUCCUGCUCUGCGUUGGAGAAAACAAGUCCAAAAUUCAGAAGUAUUACAUUGUGCUCGACCAGAAGGCCUUGCCAUGCAUGGCACACACUGCUGUGGCUGCCUUUGAUGAACUGUUCAAAUCCCACUUCGUGUUUGCAGUGGCCUACGACGACGCAUUGUUCAACUUCUACACAUUCCUGCAAACAACCGUCUACGGCAUUGAUGUAGCAACGGCAAAGGAGAGUCCAAGGGUGAAGGAAAUACGAGCAAGAAUCGACAGCACUUAG